AUGGAUGUCGUCGCAGCCGUGUCCGGGUAUCUCUCCCGGAUGGUGACUGUCGGCGACGCCGCCUCAGCAGGCUCGGCGUCCGCUAAGAUGAAGAUCCUCCUUGUUGAUAGUGAGACAGUUUCCAUCGUUUCUACCGCCAUUACCCAGUCCGCCCUCCUCAACCAUGAAGUGUACCUUGUCGACCGACUGGAUAACCCAUCCCGCGAGAAGAUGCGCCAUCUUCGUUGCCUGUGUUUCAUACGCCCCUCACCAGAAUCCAUCCAGCUGCUCAUCGAUGAACUCCGAGAACCAAAGUACGGUGAAUACAAUCUUUACUUUAGUAAUAUCAUCAGAAAGUCGUCGCUGGAGAGACUCGCCGAGGCAGAUGAUCAUGAAGUCGUCCAUGUGGUCCAGGAGCAGUUCGCCGACUUCAUUGUGAUCAACCCAGACCUGUGCUCCCUCAACCUAGGGUUUCCCUUACAUCGGAUAUGGAGCAAUAGUCCUGAUACGUGGAAUGCGGACGCACUGCGACGGACUACAGACGGCGUGAUCGCUAUGCUUCUUGCGUUGAAGAAGAACCCGUUGAUUAGAUACGAGAAGAAUAGCCUGAUGGCCAAGAAACUGGCUACCGAAGUUCGAUAUCAGCUUACCCAAGAAGAGCAGCUAUUCAACUUUAGAAAGAGCGACACUCCACCUAUUCUCUUGAUCCUGGACCGACGGGAUGACCCUAUAACUCCGCUUCUGACCCAAUGGACGUAUCAAGCCAUGGUACACGAAUUCAUUGGCAUUCAUAACGGACGUGUCAAUCUGCAUGAUGUGCCUGACAUUCGACCGGAACUGCAGGAAAUCGUUCUUUCCCAGGAUCAGGAUCCUUUUUUCAAAAAGAACAUGUACCAAAACUUCGGAGACUUGGGCGGAAACAUCAAACAGUACGUUGAGCAAUAUCAAGUCAAAACACAGAGCACUAUGAGCAUCGAAUCAAUCGCCGACAUGAAGCGGUUCGUCGAAGACUAUCCAGAGUUCCGCAAGCUUUCAGGCAAUGUCAGCAAGCAUGUGACGCUUGUUUCCGAGCUCAGUCGCCGAGUUGGGGAGGACAACUUGUUGGAUGUUAGUGAACUCGAGCAAAGUCUGGCAUGCAAUGAAAACCAUUCUAGCGAUCUACGGUCGCUCCAAAGAAUCAUUCAACUUUCUACAGUCCCGCCCGAGAAUAAAAUCAAGCUGGUAGCCCUCUACGCCAUUCGCUACGAGAGACAACCAAACAACUCACUACCAGUCUUGCUCGAUCUCCUGACCGCGGCGGGCAAUGUACCCGCUCAUCAAGUCAAUAUUAUCUCAAAGCUUCUAACAUACUACCAUUCUCUUCAAGCGCCUCCAAUGGCUGGAGGCUUUUCUGACCUAUUUGAAUCAGCCUCGCUCUUAUCCGGCGCCCGCGAUCGAUUCAAAGGACUCAAGGGGGUAGAGAAUGUCUACACACAGCACUCGCCGCGACUAGAGGCGACUUUGCAAAAUCUCAUCAAGGGCAGGCUGAAAGAAUUGCAGUAUCCCUUUCUAGAAGGUGGUGGACAUACAAGGGACAAGCCCCAGGAUAUAAUCGUUUUCAUGGUGGGCGGCGCCACGUAUGAAGAAGCUAAGACGAUAGCCCAAGUCAAUGCCAGUUCUCCGGGAAUCCGGGUAGUCUUGGGAUCGACUUCUAUGCAUAAUAGCACGACGUUUUUGGAAGAAGUCGAUGAUGCCCGUAGGUUACAACUUACCCCAGGUCCCCACUUCUGCGGAGCAACGCGACUAGAAGAACGUUGCGCCCUCACUUUCUUGAGAAUCACCACCACCAUGGACGCCUUUGGUAGCCCUCCACUGUAUGUCAAUGCAUUGUCUCCAUCCUCAGCAGCUCGGGAUCCUCGGGUGCAGCUUCCCUUGACAACCGAUCCCCCCGGCCCGCAGAACCCGCCCAAGCAACUGGUCUGGCUGAUAUUCGGAGCAACAGGGCAUAUCGGCCUCUCACUUGCAAAAGCCGCUCUCCUUCACAAUGAUCUAGUAGUCGCCGUCGGGCGCACGUUCGAAAACAGUUAUGAAUCAAUGCAGAAAAUGCAGGCGGAAAACGCGAAUUGCCUGGGGCUGCUGUGCGAUGUACGAGCAAGAGAAACGGUGCGUGAGGUUAUUGAGAAGUCGAUUUCGCAUUUUGGUCGGAUUGAUAUCAUCGCCAAUUGUUCCGGGCAUGGCGUCAUCGGCGCUUGUGAGGACCAAGACGAUUACGACAUUCGCAAUCAAUUCGAGACAAAUUUCAUGGGGACACUCAACAUCAUCCAACUGUCACUACCGCAUUUCCGCGAACGGGGUUCUGGGAGGUACGUGAUCUUCAGCUCGACUUCGGGGACUUUGGGUGUCCCCGGUCUAGGUCCAUAUUGUGCAUCGAAAUACGCAGUGGAAGGCUUGAUGGAAAGCAUGCUUUAUGAAGUUGACGGCUUCAACAUAAAAGGAACAUUGAUUGAGCCCGGGCAUAUCCGACGCGAUGAUGUCGUGAAUCCGUUGACUCCUCGCAGUCCGGAAAACACGUCGUUGGUUAAUCCCUUGCCAGCUUACGGACAUUUCUUUAUCAAACCUACGAGCGAGCCAUAUCAGACUAGUACGUCGCCAGCAGCACAUGCGAGGCGGAUGCUGCUCUGGCUUGGAGAUAAACAACCCGUUAGUGCAGUCAAAGCUGCGGAGCUAGUGUGGCAGUUAGGACACUGCUCGUUUCCGCCCCUGCGACUACUUUUAGGAUAUUACGCCGUGGACAGCAUCCGAGACAGGCUGAAAUGUAUCACCGAGGAGAUUGAAGACUGGAAGCACCUGAGCUUUCCGCUUAACGAUAACGCACCUAGCGGCGAAUAUUCGGCAGACAAGAGAUCCAUGACGGAGAAAAGUGACGACGAAGAAGAACGAGAAGCGGAGUGA